AUGAUAAAAGGCAUCUCUCGCAUUCUAGCGCUUCUUGUUGCGCUAGCCUCGCUACGAACAACCACGGCAGCCGCAGAAGAGAUCUGCUAUGAUACUCUCAUCAUAGUCCAACACCAGCCCGUAGAGCUGGUAUGCUCUGGGACCACGCUGUACAGCACGUUUAUAGAUACCAUUACCGAGCACCGCAUCCCCUAUUAUUCUACGGAUAAACAAGAACCGGACGGCAAGCGCGACAGGCUCGGGAUCUUCACAUGGACCCAUUCCCUCAUCGUCUUCCGGCUCCAAGAACUCCAUUCCAACCUCUGCAUUGAUCCCAACCUCGUCUUCCGCAAUCUCAUCAUCUGGCAAUGGAUCCAAAAUCAGCACAUCAACUUCAACCGCAGCUACAACAGCUUCUACAGAUACAGCCUCUUCACCAGCAUCAACCUCGGCCUCCAGCACGGGAGAGGCAAAUCCAACCAACCCUUCUACUUCAUCAGCUACUUCGACAGACUCGAGCUCUUCUACUCCAUCGUCAGAAGUGUCCUCUACAGCAUCUUCCACGUCGCCUUCAACUUCGUCCUCGACUUCUACAACAUCUUCCGAGGACCUGCCGACAACCUAUACGCCCCGCCCACCUCCCUCUACGGAAACUUCUUCUACAACCGAAAAUCCUUCUACAACCACAAAUCCUUCUACAACCACAAAUCCUUCUUCGACUACGACUUCUUCUUCGACUACGACUUCUUCUUCGCCUACGACUUCUUCUUCGCCUACGACUUCUUCUUCGCCUACGACCUCUUCUUCGCCUACGACCUCUUCUUCGCCUACGACCUCUUCUUCGACUACGGCCUCUGCCUCAACUACAACUUCUUCCACAGCUCCGACAACCUCAUCGACAACAAGCUCCUCAACAACCAGCUCAUCAUCCAGUUCAAGCCCAUCCAAAACUACCUCUACAACGACUUCGUCUACUCCUACAAAUUCACCCUUGCCAGAGUGCCCUACAUGUGA